AAUGAGUUUAAAGAACUCUGGACUGUUCUGAAUGGCUGGAGACAACACUUCAUCAGUUUCGACAGCGAUAGGAGUGGAACAGUGGAUCCUCAAGAAUUGCAGAAGGCCCUGACAACGAUGGGAUUUAGACUGAGUCCCCAAACUGUGAAUUCAGUUGCAAAACGAUAUAGUACCAGUGGCAAGAUCACCUUCGAUGACUACAUCGCCUGCUGUGUCAAACUGAGGGCUCUCACAGAUAGCUUUCGAAGACGGGAUACUGGUCAGCAAGGUGUUGUGAAUUUCUCAUAUGAUGAUACUGGGCAUAACCAGGUUACAUGUCAGAGUAUGAAGCAUCCUGCUGUAUCUUACAAGACUAUGAGCCAAAGGCCAGGACACCACAAAUGCCAGAGUAAUGACUGGUAGCCAAAAUGGCUGCUUGAAAGAAGAUGAAAAGCCUAGGGUGGAACCAGUUCUAGGCAAUGAACUCAUGAACCUAAACUGAUCAGUGCUUUAGAGUGCCAUAUAGGUGAGCUAAUUAAGCACCAGUGCCUAGGCUAUGGGACAGAAUAGAAGAAAUCAAAACUCAUUAGAACAGGGAAGAAUUUAGGCAAGGUAGGUGGGUAAGUAGAGAAAACUUCAAAUGCCACCUUGCUGAGGAAACUGCCUAACAAAUUGAGUACCCAGGUUUUCCUAAAUGACUGUUGUAUUUCUCAUGUCCAUGGUCUCUUUUGGAACCAUGUAGAACAGAAAAGAAACAACUGUCUUUAUUAGUCCCCUGACAAAGCUUCUGAAAGAAUCUGGCUGGAAGAAAAAUGAUGAAAGGGAGUUGUGCAUCAAAAUAACAUGAAUCUUUUAUUGAAAGUCACUUUAUUGAUGUUACAAUGAGAGUAAUAUAGAAAACUGUGGUAUCUUAUAGCUUCUGAGGUGAAUACUAAUAAAAUUGUUCCAGAAAUUUGAAACGCAAGUUACAGUGACCUUUAAAAACAAGAUGUUUACCUACAAUGUGAGAAUGACUUUAUAACUGGAACAGCCAUAAAACAAAUCACAUUCAGGAAAACAGUCACCAUAUACAUAUCCAUUGGUGUUUGCCAAAACCCAGUAAUUUUUUAAAUAGCAUAAGAACUUGAAGUGCAGAGUAGCAGAAAGCAUGUUAAAAUGAAACUAAUCUAAGUAUAUACACGAUAACCUGGUGACCAAAGUGAAAUGGUGCUGCUGUGAACACUUCCUCAUGGGAUAGUUUCCAUCAUCUGCAGAUGGACAUCACCCCUGGAGAAUGAUGGAUGAGGGAAACUAGUGAAUCCCUACACCAGCUAACAUAUAACUGCUUUGAUAUGGUAGAACACCCAUUUUCUGAAAGUUGUCUUGGGGAUGCUAGUUUGGAGGGGCAAAUUUUCCAGCAAGUUAAAAAAGGACUUCAUGCUUAGUUAUCCUGAAUGAACCUUUUGCUAAACACUUUUUCAGUUAGUGUAAAAAAAAGUUUUCCAUACAAAACAAAAGUAUUGGGUUCUUUUUACCCAUUAAAAAGACUGGUUGUAGAAUCACAGUUUGAUUUUGUGCUAGAUUAGAAAAGAAAAGGGUUUCUAAUCAGGCAGUGAUAUCAUGUAUAAUUUAGCAGGAACUCUUGUAUUAUU